ACCUCUCCUCUCCACUCGACCUCCCAGUAACAGCGACCAGUCAGACCAUUACUACACAGCAGCUGAGGCCAGUGGUCAAAUUGAUCUGCAUGAUCAGGAUAUGACUGAUCCUCCUCCACGUGUGUCGCCUUCCUGCGGCGCUGGGGCGAUGAGCUGCGCUUAAACCUCAGAGACGAAGAAGAAGAAGAGUCGCUAACGAUGGCAGCUACCUCAGAGUUACGGGUGGAUCACCUGCCUUCAGACCCGCUGCUGCACGUUCUGUCCUACCUGAGCUUCAGGGACCUGGUCCACUGCAGUUAUGUCAGCAGGAGGCUGAAUGAACUCUCCAAACACAACCCGCUGUGGAAGUCCCUCUGCUCCAGACACUGGCUGCUGACAGAUGCGGACAGGCUGCAGAGCGGCAUGCCCUGGUACUGUCUGUUCAAACAGUACUACAGAGACCUGGGCCAGUACAUCCAGUACUACCCAGUGCUGAAGAGAGCCUGGGAGCAGCUGAAGAACUUCCUGCAGCAGAGGUGUCCACGCAUGAUCGCAUCGCUCAAAGAGGGCGCCACUGAGGUGGAGCUCACUGACAUCGAGGCUCAGAUCGGCUGCAGACUUCCAGACGACUACCGCUGCUCGUACCGCAUCCACAACGGACAGAAACUGGUCAUCCCUGGGCUGAUGGGUAGCAUGUCCCUGUCCAACCACUACCGCUCUGAGGUCCUGCUGGACGUGGAGACGGCUGCUGGAGGUUUCCAGCAGAGGAAGGGGAUGAGACGCUGCCUCCCGCUCACUUUCUGCUUCCACACCGGGCUCAGCCAGUACAUGGCUCUGGAGCCAGCCGAGGGACGCAGGAUGUUCGAGAGCUUCUACCCCUGCCCCGAUCAGACAGCUCAGGAUCCUUCAGCCAUCGACAUGUUCAUCACAGGUUCCUGUUUCUUAGAGUGGUUCACCACGUACGUCCACAACGUCGUCACAGGAGAGUAUCCAAUCAUCAGAGACCAGAUCUUCAGGUAUGUGCAUGAUAAAGGUUGCGUGGCGACCACGGGCGACAUCACCGUCUCCGUUUCUACCUCCUUCCUGCCAGAACUCUCCUCUGUCCAUCCGCCGCACUUCUUCUUCACCUACCGCAUCAGAAUAGAGAUGUCGAGCAGCGCGCCGCCUGAGGCCGCCUGUCAGCUCGACAGCCGCUACUGGAAAAUCACCACCUCUGACGGCAACGUGGAGGAAGUUCAAGGGCCCGGCGUGGUCGGAGAGUUUCCAGUCAUGACGCCUGGAAAGGUCCACGAAUACGCAAGCUGCACCACCUUCUCCACCCCGUCUGAGUACAUGGAGGGUCAUUACACCUUCCACAGACUAGCCAGCAAAGAAGAAGUUUUUCACGUGGCCAUCCCUCGUUUCCACAUGGUCUGCCCCCCCUUCAGAGAGCCAGUGGUCCGAACGCAGAAAGCGUCGACCAGUUACACGCCUCGCUUGGACGACCACGACGGCGGCGGCGAGUACUGCGAUGGAGACGGCGAUGAUUUCGGUGAUCUGAGAGGAAUCAACAUGGCUGCAUUGGAGGGAGCGUGGUGCCCCCGACACAUCUGACCUCUGACCCUCACUACAGUGUUGAUGGACUGUCAGUCAUUCAUGUCUGAUUGGUGACAUUAAAACAACCGCAGUGACCUGAAUGACUGACUGGCAGCAGGGGAUUCUGGGACAGGUAUUACCAACCAGAGCCAUACAUGGGAAAGAGUUACAUCAACUUCCGGAUGUCAGUCAGAAACAAAAAAUGCGAAUGAGGUGCAGUUCUUUUAGUUUUCGUUUUUUGUUCUGUUCUCAUUUUAAUAUGAAAGUGUUGGAUAAGCUCAGACGAGGAGGACGGGACGGUAACGUCAGUGUCGUCUCCUUGGCUCAGACGAUUGUUGCUGUUAUUUGUGGUACCAAUUACGUUUUUCUUAAACACAGCAGGGAUACUUAAUGACCAUCGGCAGCUGCUGCGACUUCUAGUUUAGAAAUAGAAGCAACAGAUUUGUGUCGACUGGAACACUAAUCAGGAGCGAGCUGGUUCUGUUUGUGAAAAGUUCCUCAUGAACAUGUGGAUCUGAUAUUUUCUCAUGGAGUUAAAGUUUUGCUGUGGUUCCUCUGUCAAAAGAUUUGGAGUUCUAGAAAUAAUCCUAAAGUUCUUUUCCACUGCAGGGACCUGACAGAUCUAUUACUCGGGUUCUUCUUGUGUUUCUCCUGUAUUUUACAAGCAGGAUGUGUCAGACACAUCGAUUAAUCAUUCCACGUCUGGUUCAGUCAAGUAGUGCGAAUUUAUAUCAUAGCUUCAGCUCUGAACCUGAAAAACUCCUGCUGAAAUGAAGCCAGUAUAAAUCUGUGUGUCUUAUGGUUGACCCUGUGUUUACAAGCUUCUGGCUCCUGAGGAUGUGUGUGGUCAGUGUUCAGUCAGACCGGGCUGUUCAGGUGACGUUGCUCCCCUGCUUCCUGCUGCCUCGGGUCCAGAGGUUUGCUGUGGUUGUAGAGUCAGACAGUUGUUGGUUAUUUUACUGUCUGACCUGAGUCAGCAUGGCUUCACAGCACUGAGCUUAAAGAGCAGCAGCGUUUUGUCGCCUCUGGGUUUUUCCUUUCAGACUACAUACAGCCUGAGGACACUGUGGACAUCAUCAGGGCUCAGUUACGGUGCAGACCUGUGUUAAAGGAGUGGUUGUCCCGGUGGAUCCAGGUGUGGUGGUGUGAUGAUACCUACACGUUGCUGUAAGUUCCUGCAGUGGAAAAAUGGCUGAAACUGGUGGUUUCCUUUAAGUUUCCUCGUAUUAUUUACCCAUCAUGUAAACUCUGUGUUCCUGCAGAGCUGCAGGCAGAGCGUGUUUAUCAGGAGCAAACAGGUUUUCAUUUGCUCAGACGAGGACGAGGCUGACAGAGUGUUUCCAGACGUGUUUUGUUCUCGGUGCUUCUCGUUGUUUUCAUGGUCACAUGAAGCAUUUUUUCUUUUGGAAGCGGGCUUUCCUCAUGAGGGCGUGCUGUCAGUCUGAUGUGAUUGGUGGGUUUGUUUUUUGUGUGUUUUGGCUAAAUAAAUAAGAAAUGUUCAUCCC